AACGCGAUAAGCGUCGCGGCGCCCUCAACGAUAAGUAAAUCGAGAACGUCUUGGCACCGACUACAUAUCGUUUCUCCGUUUUGUAGUGUUAUCGUUCGCGGGUUUCGUUGUGUUUAUUCGUUGCAUCGGCUAAUCGUCGGCCAUCGGUGUUGUUGCACUUUAUUGUUUACGACGAGCAACCGUCAACGCGAUCGCGAUGAAACAAUGAAGCAGGCGACCACGAGCAACGAGAACUGUCAAGAAGAUGCCGGUAAACCACUUGCACACGGGAAAUGCGGGCCAGCUGGGGAGUAUCGAGUUCUAAUCAACGAACUACCGUCCCCAUGCUUGGCAGUGGCUUUCCUGGGACCACUUUAGAGUCUCUCGAGGAUGGGUUCCCGAAGGAGCGGGUGUCAGGCGAACGCCGGCGUUCUGAAGAAACGCGCCAACAUGUCGUUCAUGCUGGUGGUCAUGUUCUUCGCGGUGUUCGGGUUGAUCGUCUUUACGGAGAUAUUCCUGAUCGACGAGAGACGGGGUGUGGGUGUAGGUGGUACCGGAGCCCUAGGAGGUCACAGGAGCGGACAUCGAUUGCCGGCUGCGCCCGAUCGUCCGGAUUACGGGGAAAUCGGAGCUGAAGAUUAUAUCGGAUUGAAGGGCAGCUUUGACGAUCAUAUCGGAUUAUUGGUGCAUGGGGAAGACGGAGGACAGAAGAUCGCGAUACAACCGGACCCGAGAGGUUUACCGAGUUUACCACCCAACUUAGAAGCUCGUCUACCGCAACUCGAUCAAAGCUUGAAGAUUACGCACGCCGAAUGGUUACCAGUCACGAAAACCAGAUUCAAGUUCUUCGUAUAUUCGGCGUACUUCGAUGACAGGGUUGGCGGUGCAGGUUCGCCAACCGGGAAAACUCAAGGCAUGGUACGCAUAAUAAGCGCAACGAAGACAAAAGGAUCGGAACGAGUUUGGUGCAGAUUUUGGUAUCUACCAGAGAAUGGAGGGAACGUUACUGCUUCCGUAACAGUAGCUGCUAAAGUGAAGGUAAUCAGAGAGAACUGGAGCCUGAAGUACAGUGCCUGCUUUGUAAUUUGCCCAUUGCCCAAGGAAUCGCCCACGAGCAACAGAGUCCCGGAAACGGUGAGCGUCGUGGCCAGGCUCAAAGCAACCCCGACGAAUCGGAUUCUCGUUCAGAACAGACCGGAGAGUAGGUCGAAAGAGAAGGAAUUGUUGGCCGUUUGCGUGAAACCUCUGCAUUACAACUAUAAUAGAGUGCUGCAACUCGUCGAGUUUAUCGAGUUGCACAGACUACUUGGCGCCACCCAUGUGACUCUGUACAAUGACACGGUUGGUGCUGAGGCAGGAUGCGCUCUCAAGUACUACGAAGCUAAAGGUCUCGUUACCGUGUUACCUUGGCAUCAUUUGGACAUUAUUUCUCAACGAGAUAUUCGUACGGAAGGAUUGUUUGCCGCCCUGAACGAUUGCCUUUAUCGAUCUAUGUACAAAUACGAGUACGUGGCGUUGAUUGACCUCGAUGAGUUUAUUAUACCGACGCACAAUGACACGAUAAUCGAUCUCAUAAGGUGGAUGAACAGUCGUAUAAACACCAAGUCCACCGGAGCGUAUUCCUUUCAAAACGCUUUCUUUUACUUGCAAUGGGCCGACGAUCCGUUUAUAGUAACGAGUCGAACGCCCAUCGAGGCUGGUUUAAUUACAUUAAGGAAAACGAGGCGCCGAGCGAAGCUGCACCCGCAUAAACAGCGGUCAAAGUAUGUUUGCAAGCCGCAAAACAUCGUCGAAGCCGGUAACCACUUUGUUUGGGAAUUCAUUCCCGGAUAUAGUACACUGAACGUAUUGUCGGAGGCAGCAAUUUUACAUCACUAUCGUGUUUGCGAGUUCGGCGGCGACGACUGUAUAAAGACGCAAUCGGUUGUCGAUAGAACGGCCUACAAAUACAAGGACAGAUUGUCGGGCAGUGUUAGCAAAACCUGGGCGGACCUAAACACCGAAUGUCUGUUACCAAAACUGGAACCAAUACCAGCGAUGACGCCGCGGAUAAAAACAGGUCCUGUGUUAAAGUCGGUCAGGUAGCAGAAGACCAUCGGCGACGUUUUAUGGGAUAUUGGUAAUUUCACUGGUACGCCCAAGGUAGCGAGAACCUAUUUCUAUAACUACGGUGGCCCUUAAUUUCUCACUGGGAAAUUCCGCCAUGUUCAGAUUUAAUGGGAUGGGUUGGUAGGGGUGGGGAUGCCAUAACGUUUUUUCUACCAUUUGCGGUCCACACCUCAUAAAUCUCGUUUUCGUAAACGGAGAACGGUGCCUGUCAACUAGCCAAUCCGGAGUGCUGCCGUUGACAAAGGUACGACGCUCAUCGAAAAGCUGAUGAAUAAUAUUUUUCUACGUGAGAAGGACUCAUGACCGACCAGGAAAGUAAGGGACGAUUUUCCCGGUCGAUCCUGCAACUCUUACGCUAUGGUGCUUCUUUCACGAUUUUAUACGUGUAUUUACUUAAAGAUUUGUUUCCGUUCGAACGAAGCCGAUCUACGUGAAACUGAUCAGGUCGUGGAUGUUAUUAAGAAAGGCCUACACUUCGGUCUACAUUGCCGGCUAUAACGUGAGAUUUGAUAUUAAAACUGUUGUAUUGUUGGUACAUUCUUUUCAACACACUUAUAAAAUCCGCACAACGUAUAAAUAAAACAUACGCAUAUCCAUAGGAUCAAUACCUAGUCGUAGUUUAUGUAUGUAUAAUAUGUAUCUAGAACAUCUAGUAUUUAAUCUAUAGCAAACGAGUAGAAUGCGUAAUGUUUUUUCAAACGCUAUUUACAUCUAGCAAUUUCUAUCCGAUGAAUUUAUUACGCUGUGAAGAACCUCUUAGUUUAGGAGAAAUCUUGCUUAUUUUUAACUUUAAUUAUUGUUAAUUACGAUUUUAUUCGUUACUUACCAGUCUUGCGAUAUACUUUUCAUUACCUCGGUGAAAGUAAUUUACGAUAAUGUUGUUAUAUAAAGGUAGUCGCAUUACAAACGAUUUGUAAUUGUUAAUUAUGCUCACGAUGACGAAAAGAGGUUAGUACUGUGUCAGCUAAGUAGAUGUUACAAAUUCGAGCGUUAUGACAAUGAAGACGGCGAACUGUUUCUAUUUCUUUCAUAAGGUCACAUUUUUUACGCGCACAUACAUUUAUUAUGUAUAUAUGUGUAUACACAAAUGUGUACGUAUAUUUACGUACAUGUAGGAUAGGUGAUUGCAUACACGUGAUCGGUGCUGAGCCAACAAUCAACAUGCCGUUUGGUCGUGUUGAAAAAGUUAAUAAAUAUUGUACGACGACAAUAUGUAUUUUAAUUCCCUUGAAAAUAUAUUUCGUAAUGUAAGUCCGGAGCACGUGUAAAAUUGUACGAAUAAUUGAAUUUUAAAUUAUUUAACGAAACUAUAUACACAUGGCGUUUCGCUUAUUUUUAUUUCUUGUAAUAUCUCCGGAAGCUUCUAAUGAAACGAAAAACUGUAUAAGGAAAAACUCAUUUGUAUCAGAAACAUAAAUAUUAUAAUUAUCAACA